AUGUACUAUAACCUCCUGUAUAACCUAUUCUGUAACCUGUACUAUAACUUCCUGUAUAACCUAUUCUGUAACCUGUACUAUAACCUCCUGUAUAACCUAUUCUGUAACCUGGUCUAUAACCUCCUGUAUAACAUGUACUAUAACCUCCUGUAUAACCUAUUCUGUAACCUGUACUAUAACCUCCUGUAUAACCUAUUCUGUAACCUGUACUAUAACCUCCUGUAUAACCUGUACUAUAACCUCCUGUAUAACCUAUUCUGUAACCUGUACUAUAACCUCCUGUAUAACCUAUUCUGUAACCUGUACUAUAACCUCCUGUAUAACCUAUUUGGUAACCUGUACUAUAACCUCCUGUAUAACCUAUUCUGUAACCUGGUCUAUAACCUCCUGUAUAACAUGUACUAUAACCUCCUGUAUAACCUAUUCUGUAACCUGGUCUAUAACCUCCUGUAUAACAUGUACUAUAACCUCCUGUAUAACCUAUUCUGUAACCUGUACUAUAACCUCCUGUAUAACCUAUUCUGUAACCUGUACUAUAACCUCCUGUAUAACCUAUUCUGUAACCUGUACUAUAACCUCCUGUAG